GGACACAUCCCGAGUAUGUCACGGGUAUGGAAGAAAUAGAGAAGCGACGAAAGAAGCGACUACAAACCGCAGAAGCAAGAAAAAAACACGGGAGGAUGUGUUUUCAAAAUCAAUUUCAGGCUGCUGCAUAUAAAGCAGAUUGUGAAUUUAUGUUACGAAAGAGUGCACUAUUCCAAGAACGAAUUCGCGUAAUCCAUCGCGGUCAAUUCAAAUUAAAUCAAGAGAAGAAAUUGCUCGACGAAGGCCGCAUACUAUUCGGAUACGGAAUGCUACCAGACAAAGAAAUUCUCACACGCAAUCGGCGGCAUAAAUUACAAGAAAUAUCAGAGCUGAGGAUUAUUCAAGAGAGCCAUGGAUUUCCAGCAGAUAUCCUUUACGUAAUUUAG